AUGAAUGAUAAGGGAUGGAAAGAGCCAUUGCCUAUAAACGUCAUAUUGUUAUACGAGGAUGUUAAACUGAUUGAGCAGUUGAAAAGCAUUAUACCUAAAAUUGGAAAAUUUUGUGAAAAUCUGAAAGCUGGCCUUGAUGUUAUUGAACAUCGAGUUGAAAUACACGAUUAUGGAAGUCCGUGGACUGAGCUUCGUGUUGAUGUAAUGUCCUCAUGUUGGGAGCGAACAUUUUUCAAAAUGGCAUCAACGUUUCAAGCUCUAACUAGUGAAUUUUCUGGAAAGUAUACACCUAUACUUCAGACGGCAGAGCGUGGUUUUUUCAUGGAUGAUUGCUUGUCAGCUCAUCUCCAAAUUGAUGUACACUCCAUCCAUCAUGGAAAUUUGCUCGAUCCCGGAACAUUUUGCUCACAUUUCACUCGAGGAAUACCGGAAAGUAUUAAUAGAACGAAAUACGCAGAACACGUCAAAGUGUUGGCAAAUUUAUCGUCUCAUGAGGUUCGUACUCCGAUGUACGUUGAUUUUGAACAUGAUCGAAAUAUCUUCACCGUGCGAUUUGCUGUUUCAGAUGGUUACAGACCCCGAGAAAUGGACAAAUCGAGCAAUAUAAAGCUUGUGGAGGGAUCCAUGUUUGCUCUAAAAGUCCAUUACACUUCUUUACGUCGCAUUUUAGUCGACACAAAAGUUUUAAUCGGCAAAAAUCAAGGAACUUAUGCAACACGAAUUUAUUUCCAUCUAAAUUACCCUCCUGAAAUACGUAGAUUUCGUCAGAGGGCAAAUUUUCAGCGAGGGCCAAAAGUGGAAGUAGUAGGUGAUCGGUUCAGGUGUUAUCCAGAAACAGAUUACCCGCAAGACAGCAGUUUGGCAAUUACAGCUAUUAACGAUAGUCCAGUCUUUUGUUUGCAGUUCACAGAAGUGAUGGAUGUAUGGGAUGAUCUGUUGUACAGUUUGCUGAGUAGACUGCAUUCCCGUGUCAACCUUCCAAUUGAAUUCGCCAAUGUACAACUUUCAUACUUUUCCGUGAACAAUUAUGUGGCAUUACCAGUUCGAAUAAUUGGUUGUAACUAUCGAAAAUGUGCUAAUGCAGACGGAAUUCUGCCAAAUGAUCAAUCAUAUGAGCCUGUAGAACCAAAAGUUGAUAAGGCUUGGUCCGAGAAACUAAGAUCACUUUCUUUUGGACUAGAAUAUUUGAUUGCAGCACUAUUAUCACGUGGUGCUGUUGUGAAAGACCAGUUGCUGAUAACCGUUGAGUUAAGAAAUCAAUUUCUAAUGCAUGUAGUAAGAAGUUACGAGCAGGACGAAACUAUAACACUAGAAGUGCUGGAGCGUUUAAUCAACAUGGUCGAUGAAAUGAAAAACAUACCACCACUGAUAAGUGCAUUUGACCGCAUACGUCGAAGCAUUUUUGUAAAGAAAGAUUUGCUUACUGAGAUUCACGAAAGAAAUACCGAUGAAGGAUUUCAACGUGUUCGAAAGGCUGUAAUAACGCCAACCCGAAUGCUUCUCGUGGUUCCGGAAUUACUGAUGGGAAAUCGCGUUUUGCGUGAAUUUGAUGAAAGUGGUGAUGGUGCGUUAAGGAUUCAGUUUCGUGAUGAUGAUGGUACACAUUUGAGGCGUAACACUGCUGGAUCAUACAUCAUUGAAACAACAGUUCAUAAUUGCUUACUUUAUGGAAUUUAUAUAUCAAAUUGUCAUUUUGUUUACUUGGGUUCGUCAAAUUCCCAAAUGCGUGACAAUGGGUGUUAUUUUUUUAAUGAUGGUAAUGAUGGUAAAGUGAAAAAGAUUCGUGAGAAGCUUGGCAAAUUUGAUCGUACUAAUAUUCCAAAAUUAAUGUCUCGGAUGGGGCAGUGUUUCACGCAAUCAAAAGAAAGUGACGUUAUUUUAAAACGUAAAAAAUACAAUAAAACAUACGAUGUAAUAGGUGGGAAAGAUUUUUGCGGUGAGCCGUUCAUUUUCUCAGACGGUGUCGGAAAAUUAUCAGAAGAUUUUGCCGAACAAAUCGCCAAAGAUUUAGGCUUGGGCAGUUGUGUUCCCAGCUGUUUUCAAUUCAGGCAUCGAGGGUUAAAAGGUGUGCUUUCUGUUGAUCCGGCAUUGCGGCAACGCCGAUUGUGGGCUGAACAAAAUGGUUUAGAGGAUAAACAUGGAAAAACUGAGAAAGUGAACGAUUUAGAUGUACUGUUUAGACCAUCUCAGGACAAAUUCCAUGCACCAAGGAAAGAAAUAAUAGAGAUUGUGAAAUAUUCCGGUCCAACACCAGUCUGUUUGAAUAGACCAUUUAUUAAUAUUCUUGACCAAGUAAGUGAUAUGCAAGGAUUUGAUGUACAUAGUCGCAUAAUCCAUCGCAUACAUGGUUUACUUGAUCGCCAGUUAUUACAACUUUCUGAUGCGCUGAUGAGUGAAAACAGAUGUCGUGAAAGACUAGCAGAAUUCCCGAGACGGAUUAAUGUGCAAUAUUUAUCAUUAGCACGAGGUUUUACUCUUAUACAAGAACCAUUUUUCCGUGGUCUGUUAAUUGCAAGUGUUCGAUUCACAUUGCAAAAACAAUUAUCUAAGGAACAAAUUCAAAUACCAACAAAUCUUGGUCGAACUAUGUUUGGUGUUUUGGAUGAGACUGGAUUACUUCAAUAUGGGCAAGUAUUUGUGCAAUUUACCAAUAACGUUUCUUUGAAGACACCGCCAAGGGCUGCAGCAAAAACAACACUUAAAGGGCCCGUGUUGAUAACAAAAAAUCCAUCAAUAGUCGCUGGCGAUGUAAGGAUCUUCGAGGCUGUUGAUUUACCCGAAUUACGGCAUUUAGUUGAUGUAGUUGUUUUUCCGCAGCAUGGACCACGACCACAUACAGAUGAAAUGGCCGGAUCUGAUUUGGAUGGGGAUGAAUAUAGCGUCAUAUGGGAUGACCAGUUGUUAUUGGACCACAAUGAAGAGCCGAUGGAUUUCAGUAAGCUUGUUCGAGCUCCUGAUGUUCUCGAGGAGAAUGAAGUUGUGCGCGAAAUGCGUCGCUUUUAUGUUGAAUAUAUCAUGCAAGAUUCAAUUGGUGUUAUAGCGAAUUCUUUUCUCGUAAAUUCUGAUAUCUUCGGAAUCAGCAGCGAUGUCUGCAGAAGUAUAGCAGAAAAGCAUUCGCAAUCUGUGGAUUUUCCGAAAACAGGACGGCCACCAAAACCACUUGUUAGAGAUUGGAUCCAUGGGCCUGACGGAAAGAUUAUGCCACCUGAACGUCCGGAACGAUGGCCUGAUUUCAUGUGCAAAACUCAUGAACCUUCUUACGUCUCAACUCGCCUUGUGGGGCAAUUAUUCAGACGAAUCCGGCUAAUCGAUGAUGUCCUCACAAUAACCAGUGCUUGCGAAGAAUAUUCACAAAUAAUGGUGGAUCCUCUUUUAAAAUACAGUGGUUGGGAAAGAUAUGAAAAUGAUGCAGAAAUAAAUUUUAUUGCAUACUCUGCUCAUAUUAGGGCUCUUCUGGAUAAUUAUGGAAUACAGAACGAAUGUCAGCUGUAUUCUGGUUGUUUUAGCAAAAUUCGUAAUCGAAUCAGUGAUAGGGAUGCAGAUGAUAUGUCUCAAUUUAAUACUACUUUUGUUAUUGAGCAAAAAUUUACGAACAUAUUUAUGAGUUUUCGCUGCAGUUUCUUCACUGAAUUUGGUGAUUUUAUGUCUUGUACCACACCAGAUGAUGAUAAAGAUGUAACUGAACGAAGAUAUUGUAAAUGUCCAACUGUAGAGAUGAAAAAGAAAGCAUCUGCUUAUUACAUCGUUUGCUAUCGUAAAACUAUGAAUGCGACAAGAUUGUUAUCAUUUCCAUGGAUUGCAUGGGAUAUACUUGCUGAAAUAAAAAAAGAAAAUUGCAUGCUAACAUCGCAAAAUAUAUUGACUGUCGAUCCUAUUUGCGACAGUAUAUCAAAUAUCAUAAUUUCUUUUUGUGACUAUAAUAAGGAAGAUUUUGAUCGGACUAUGGGUAGUUUAUCAGAAGGUGCAUUUGGUCUACAUGCCAUCAAGCGAUAUUGCAGGAAAUAUAAAGGAUUGGACAAAUUGUUUUACGUGUUAUGCAAAUGGGGUGAGCAACAACAAUUAUUUAAACGACUGAAACGGGAGCAUUUAUGUUUAUGGUUAAUACAAUACGGUUUGGGAUAUAUAAGUAGUGAGAACAUCCGCAGCUAUGUUUUCCUUGAACAGACCGAUGAAAUCCUUCCGGAAAAUUCAGAUGAAAGUCAGAAUUUGGACAACUUAAUUGGUGGUAUAGGCAAAUGUUUCCUGCGGUUUCUACAAUAUUUGAGCUCGCGAUCAUUCGAAACGACAAAGAUUUUCGAUUUUAUGCGACCAAAUCUUGGAUAUCAAUCAAUAUUGAUGCGUGGCCAAUGGUUCGAUUUGCAUCAGGCGGCUGUUAAAGCUUUCUAUCGAAUAGUACUUACGAGUCGUUUUGAUGAACUAUCAUUAUUUGAAAAAAAGCAAAUGUCAGCAAAUAGUGCUUUUCUGCGUAAUUUUAUCGAAGCUGAACCUUUUACUAUCGAAAUACCGGAAGAUUUGUCCUUUCACGAUGACAGUUUGAGAAGUAAAAUGAUAACAUAUUCGGGCGUACGUCAUUUAUAUUUGAGAAGAAUUCCGAAUAGAAAAAAUCGAGUUGUAAUAUCAGCAUUUGGUACGUUAGAAUCAUUGCAUCGGUUACGUGAUAUACUUGCUGUGAAACUCACGUCAACUAUACAAGCUGACACUAAAGCACGCAAUGAUAUGAUUCUUCGACUAGUCUACGAGCGGAUCCAAGAAUUGCCUUGA